AACAACAACAACAACGGCCGAGGGAGAUGGUGGACGACUCAGUAAACAAUAGUUAGUUUCUCCACCAGUAGACCUCUAUGAAGCAUUAACAUAGUGAUCAAGGCACAACAACAACCAGCCAUUAUGGACAUCACAACAGAAGAUAAAUGGGACCUUAUCGAGGCUCUGUAUCAAUACGGAACUGAUGUCGAAACCCUCAAAAAGGCUUUACCUGGUUGGUCCAAGUCUCAUUUACUGGCUACAGUUAACCGCUAUCGCAUACGUGCCCGGAAGGUCGUAACAGAUGUGGAGGAGGAGGAGCCUGGUGAGGAACCGCCACUCAAGCGCUGGAUCGACAUGACAGCAAAACUCCACCAAUUGCAAGGCUCUACAAAUCAGAUCAAGAAGCGUCGGGGUCGUAAACCUCGGAAUCGAGUGCACGGUGACCACAUGUCACUGAUGAGCAAGGUAAUGAUGUAUGCUGCUUGUUUCGAGGAACACUAUCAGGGGUCAGGGCCAGAGGAUCCUAACUACAGUGAAAUUUACAGGUAUUUAGCUCAACUGUUGGAAGGCAAGGAACCAACACAGUUAAGUCCGGGAAGUGCCGCCAAGAUGCUACAGAUGUUAGACCGGCUAAAGCAGGUCGUGACAGAUAACAACUCACAAUCACAUCUCUAUCACCUCCACUUUUUUCCUCUACCAUCUAGUGCCUCCAAGAAUUAUAUGGCCAAUGCAUCAGCUGGUGGACCAGUAGCCACUAGCAGUUCGGAUAAUGCAGAGGUCUCAGUCUGUCCGCUGUUCGAGGAUACCGAAGAAGAGGUGGAUGAUGCUGACCUGAUGCCCGGGGACCCUUACUAUGAGGUCAAGCGCGAGAAGGUCAUGAAAAAGUUGGAAUCUACACAGCUGGAGUCAGCGGCCAAACUGGCGUGUAUACCCGGGGCAAACCCUCUAGAGUUCCAAACUAGACACAUGGUGAAGCCAGCCAUCUAUACUGUCAACACAACACAUACUGAAGUUAUUAAAGAGAGUAAUUAAGAUAUACUUAAGAUUAGGUUAGCCUGAAAUAGGUUAGGUUGUUAAAGACAUCAUAUUCACACCGAGAGACCAAAUCAAUAAUGUGGUCGAAAUAGAAUAACUAUGUGUUUUGCUUGCUAUUGAAAUUCUAACUAGCUGUGUAAUUACAACUACCAAUGAGGCCAUGUGAUAUUUUAACUUUUAUGUAUCACCUGAAGAUUACACCCCCCGCCCCCACCUCAAGUGCUUACUAUCUGGGGAAGGUAAUCAUCAAGGGAUUCAGUAAGGCUUAAAUUAUGAAUGUUAUUACAGCAUUUAAAGUUUCUGGUAAGGAAGUUUUAAGUGGCCUAAGAGAAGUGUUAAGUGAUUCUAGUUAAGUGUUAAGUGAUCCUAGAUAAGUGUCAAGUGAUCCUAUAUAAGUGUCAAGUGAUCCUAUGUAAGUGUUAAGUGAUCCUUGUUAAGUGUUAAGGUCUACUCCUGUAUUUUCUCUCGAGACAAAUUUAAUACAUGAACUUUUGAGAAUCCA